AUGGUUUCAUCAACAGAAAUGAUUAAUAUAAUCGAAGGAGAAUAUGAAAUGGAAUCUAUUGAAAUGCUUGAAUGUCGUGUAUGUGGUGGUCCAGCUCAUGGAUAUAAUUUUGAUCAAAUUUCAUGUGACUCUUGUAAAGCAUUUUUUCGACGUAAUGCUCUUCGAUAUAGGCCAAAAUUGAAAUGUCGUUAUAAUAGUUCAUGUGAAAUAACAGUUGAAACUCGUCGUCUUUGUACUUAUUGUCGAUUAAAAAAAUGUUUUGAUAUUAAAAUGAGAAAAGAAUGGAUACGAACUGAAGAAGAAUGUCGAGUAAGAAAAUUACAACGGCUUUCUACAAAACAAAACAAAAUGAAUAAAUCUUCGAAUAUUUCAACUAUUGAAAAAAUAGACAAUCAAUCAAAUUUAUUAUCAAAUCAAUUCAUUCAAUAUAAACAACCGAUAUUUACGAUGAAUAAAAAUUUUUAUUCUUCAAACUUAACAUUUGAUGAUUGGUCAUUAAUUAAUAAUAUAAAACAUGCAUAUGAUACAUCAAUUUUUGAUUAUGAUACAAUUCUUAUUAAUAAUUCUUCAUUAAUCGAUUCAACAUUAAAAGAUUUUAUCAAUGAUAAACAACAAAUAUUUCGAAGUUUAAUACAAUUUUAUAAAAAAAUUCCACAUUUUAAACAAAUAAAUCUUGAAGAUCAAAUUCUAUUAAUAAAAUGUAAUAUAUCACAUUUAAUUCAUAUUCAUUAUAUAUUAAAAGAUAAUUUUAUUGAAAAUUCAAAUAUUGAUUUAUAUUUAAAUAAAUGGAUAAAUUCUAAUUUAUAUCAACAAAUGUCAAAAAUACAUUAUUCAUUUAAUUGUUUUAUUCAAUAUCCAAUUAUAUUAAUAAUAGUACUUGUUGCUUUUAUGUUUAUUAUUAAUUUAUCAAGAUUACCUGAUUAUCAAUUAUCAUUGCAACUUAUUGAUAGACAUUUAAUAAGUGAACAUCAUAAUUUCUUUAUAACAUUAUUAUGGAAAUAUUUAAAUGUUAUUUAUGAUAAAAAAGAUGCAAUACGAGCUAUAGAAUUUAUUGUUUUUCAAUUUCUUCGUUAUCAAUUAUUAAUCUAUGAAAUGGGAAGUAUUAUUUUAAAUCAAAUCAAUCCAGAUCAAUUUCAUCCAUUAAUGAAAUCUGUUCUUUGUCUAACUUAA